UUCAAAGAGUUAAUUAAGGGGGUCACGAACGCAUUGCGCGAACUAUGUCAACUCUUGGAAGGAGAGCAAGUGUUGCUCGGUAUAAUAGAGACUCAUUGAUAUCUGAUGACUUGAUACAAUCAAUAAACCCUGAGGUAUACCAACGUAAAUAUGUUUUCGAAGUUGCUUGGGAGGUGGUCAAUAAAGUUGGUGGUAUAUAUACUGUCAUCCGUACUAAGGCCGCCUCUGCUGUGGAGGAGUUGGGCGACCGUUAUAUUUUAUUUGGCCCACUCAAUGAAGUGUGCAUGAGAACUGAAGUAGACGUUGCAGAGCCAACAAAUGAGGCAUUAAAACGCACAAUCAAAGCCAUGCGUGAGCAUGGCACAAAAGUCGUUUUUGGUCGAUGGCUAAUUGAAGGUUAUCCAAACGUUGUUCUGUUCGACAUAGGAUCAUCUGCUUGGCGCAUCGAUUCUUGGAAAAAAGAACUGUGGGAAUCUUGUAAUAUUGGGAUUCCGGUCCAUGAUACUGAGUGUAAUGAUGCAGUCAUUUUUGGAGCGCUUAUUGCCUGGUUUCUGAAAGAAUUUGCUGAGAAUGUCAGAGAACUAGAAACUGACCCUCAACCACCAAUCAUUGCACACUUUCAUGAAUGGCUUACAAGCAUUGGUUUAGUAUUUACGCGUACUCGUCACCUUCCCGUUGCUACUGUGUUCACUACACAUGCAACACUUUUGGGUCGUUAUUUGUGUGCUUCCUCUGUUGAUUUAUAUAACCAUCUUUCGGAUUUUGAUCUAGAUAAGGAGGCUGGCGAUCGAAAUAUUUACCAUCGUUAUUGCCUUGAACGUGCAGCCGUUCAUUGUGCACAUGUAUUUACUACUGUGAGUAAAAUUACUGGUUUGGAAAGUAAAUUUCUUUUGCGAAGAGAACCAGACAUCAUCACUCCAAAUGGUCUUAAUGUUGUUAAAUUUGCUGCACUUCAUGAAUUUCAAAAUCGUCAUGCGUUGGCUAAAGAAAAACUGAAUCAAUUUAUUCAAGGACAUUUUUAUGGACAUUAUGAUUUUGAUUUGGACAAAACAUUGUAUUUUUUCAUUGCUGGACGUUACGAAUUUCAGAAUAAAGGAGCUGAUAUAUUUAUCGAGGCGCUGGCUCGUCUUAACCAUCAUUUAAAACAAGCACAAACUGAUGUCACUGUCGUAGCCUUCCUCAUUUUUCCAGCUCAUACGAAUAGUUUUAACGUGGAUUCGUUUCGUGCCCAAGCUAUUGUAAAGCAACUGCGUGAAACAGUAAAUUCGAUCCAAUGUGAAAUGGGACAUAGGUUAUUUGAGGUGUGUCUUCGAGGACGUAUUCCUCAAGGGUCUGAUCUACUUACUCAGGGUGAUGUAUUUCGCCUUAAACGUUGUAUAUAUGCAACACAACGAAAUAAUUUGCCCCCUAUUUGUACACACAAUGUCGUUCAAGAUAAUAUUGAUCUAGUUCUGUGUAACUUACGCCGGUGUCAGUUAUUUAAUGACCGUCAUGAUCGUGUUAAGGUUAUUUUUCAUCCUGAAUUCUUAAGUUCUACCAAUCCACUACUACCGAUGGAUUAUGAAGAAUUUGUGCGAGGCUGUCAUUUAGGUGUUUUUCCAUCUUAUUAUGAACCAUGGGGUUAUACACCAGCUGAAUGCACUGUAAUGGGUAUUCCAUCGGUAACGACAAAUCUUUCUGGAUUUGGCUGCUUCAUAGAAGAGCAUGUAGAAGAUCCCAAAUCGUAUGGAAUAUACAUUGUUGAUCGUCGUUUCCAAAGCUGUGAAGACAGUGUUCAACAGUUAACCAAGUAUUUGGUUGAGUUCUCUCAAUAUUCUCGUCGUCAACGUAUUGUUUUACGAAAUCGUACCGAGCGAUUAAGUGAACUGUUGGAUUGGAAAAAUCUUUCCUGUUACUAUCAACGUGCUAGAUUAAUGGCAUUAAAGAAAUUCUCUCCAGAACUAUUCACAUCUAACAACAAUGAUGAUGCAUUAUCGACCCAUAGUUUUCAUAUUAGUCGACCAUAUUCAGCACCUGUAUCUCCAUCACUAUCUGGACAAUCAACACCGUUGCGUAGUGCCGGUGCAAAUAGUUCAAAUCGUAGCAGUCCUACAUCACAUUUAGAUGAUGAUGAAAUUGAUGAUAACACAGAACGAUUAGAACUAGGUCUUGGUGCAAUAGAAAUCACUGAUGCUGUACCUGGUUGAGGUACAAAAGUGAAAAAAAUAUAUCUCAUCAAUAUUGAACUAUAAACUUAGAAUGUGCCUAGUUUAUUGUCUUCUUUUAUUUCUUCUCUUUUCAUUAUUUGUCAUUUAUUUCAUUUCUUUUUCGUUCAUUUCUAAUUCAUUUAGACUUUUGUUUUAAUGUGCAUAUUUUAUCAAUCCUAUAAUAAUGUUAUAAUUUAUUAUUAUUAUUAUAAUUAUUAUCCUCUAUUGGUAAUAGUUUAACACUGUACUAAUAUUUUACACUUCAUUAUGAAUAUUAUUUUGACAUUUUGUAAAGUCGUGAUCUCAUUUCUUAUGUGUCAAUAAGAUUUAGAAAAAUAGAAAACAUGAAUCUCAUUC